AAUGCAAUAAGAUUACAAAACAUGUAUAGAAUUUACAGAUCUUUAGGUCCCAAAUGAUUUUGUAAAGAUGUGUAUGUCUUUAAAAAGUAAAAACCAUUGUUUUAGUUGGAUUGAAGUACUUGAGGUUGCAAUGGAAUUUAUGAAAGAGAAUGGUAUUGAUGCUUCUACAAGGCAAAUCAUUUUGAUGUUUGAUUUUAAUUAGAAGUGGAUAUUAUUACACAAUUUUAAGCAGAUGUAAUUGUAGAUACCACUUCUGCAGAAAACACUAAGUUAAUCACAAUAUAAGAGAACUAUUUCAACUAGUCUUAAAAUUAGUGAAAUUUUUCUUAAAGAUGUCCAUGAAAAGGUUAUAUUAAAGGCUAUAUUAAGGCUAUAUUAAAUUUGAAAUUUUCAAAUACAAACAUCAGAAAAGCCAAGUAUAUAUAUUAUUACACCUUAGAGUUACUUGGUAAAAAACAUCAAUUGCUUCUUAUAUUAAGGUAAAGAGACAUCAAAAGAUUUUGAGCAUGGAAAAAGACCAGAAGUAAUUUAGAGUUCCAGAAUAAAAAGGAAUACUUAGAUAGACAGACAGUUCUCUAUGCAAAGUAUGAUAUUCAAAAAGGAUACAAAUAUAGAGGAGCUUUUAUUUCAGUAUUUGUACGAGUGCCUGCGGGGAGCGCGAAUCCGGUGCAAUCUCAGUCAACGAAGAGACGCCGUCUCGCGUGGAUCAACAGGUGCUCUUUCCCGUGCAGAACACGUUCACCAGCAUGGGAAUCGCAUACGCUUGUAGUGUGGUGGCUAUGCUUGCCGUAAUCCUUCUGACAGUGGAGGCUGGUGACAUGAUGCGGAAGAGCAUUGUUUUCGACAAAAAUACUCCAGAUGUGUUCUACUGCCCGCAACAGAAACCGACUGGUUUCCAGAAGAUGAUCGUGAACGCGAAACCGUUGUCAAGGCUUUGCCAAUUCGAGGGGAAACCGAUCCCACCCGAUUACAAGAGCGACUGUUACAACGACGUGGACGAGACCGAAUACGCGUGCAAAGAGAAGUACAGAAUUAUGAUGCGACUACAUCCACCAGGAAGUGAAACACCAUAUAAUGGUUCACGUUUAACAAAAUUCCUAGCUUUUGAUAAAGAUAUCUAUAAGAAAAGGAAUCAAAUUGAAGAUAGUGAUUAAUAAGAAAAAUUUAUCAUAUAUGGCAUAAUGGCAUUCUUCUAGGACAAUUAUUGACGAAUAUUCUAAUACCAAUUUAAUAUUUUUUUAUAUUCUAAUUGCUUUAGCCAUCUUUUUAAUUUACUUGUAAUUUAAUUUUUUAAUUUCCUUGAAAUGUGUCUUUUUCUCAAUUGAUUUUAUCGUAGUGAUAAGAUUCAUACAAUCUUUCAUAAUAUUAAUUGUAAAUAAUUCAAGUUACUUUGUGAUUGAUAGUUAAAAAGAACACAUGCUCAUUAUUAAUUGAAAUGUUUAACGUUCCUAUUCACUGCAAAGUGUACAAAGCUUAUUUAGCAUAUUUUUGUAAUAUAUUUGUAAUAUAUGCGCCAGAGCUUGUAAAGCGAGAAAAUAAUAUAUACCAACGAGUACUAUUUUCGACUUUGUAAAUUAUUAUAUGUAAAAUAAAAAACAAUCUCAUAUAUUAAA